CAACACUGGAGCUUCACUUGUCACUGUCAGCCUUGAUGUGUUAUUUUGGGUCAGGGGCUUGCGCCCCCCACAGUGUGCCUGCAUAAUGGGCAGCGAUGGGGCGCAGCUGGCAGGCGCCCACGAGUGGGCGUACCGCGGCGAGGGCAACUGCAACCUGGUGGUCGGGCUGCAGGGCGCGCGCCAGAUCCUCCGCAUACGCAAAACCGAAAAGCCCCAAUCGCUGCUCGGCUGGAUUCUGGUGCUGCUCACCGACCUGAUCGAGUGGUGCUCGGGCAAGGCCUGCGGCGACGAGGCGCGCGACCUGGCCUUCUACUGCCAGGUAAUGCGCCCCCUGAUUGGCGCCCACUACACCUCGGAGGCGCGCAUGGUGGCGCUUAGCAGGCCGCAGCUCCAGCUGAUCCUAGAGGGCGUGCGCCAGCGGCGCCCAGAUCACCGCCGGCACAAGACGCUGCAGCUGGGCAGGGCUGCGCUGUUCAGCGACUUCGCCUUCCUGCCGCCGCGUUUCGACCAUCUGGACUUCAUCGGGGACACUUUCGCCGUCGAACUCAAGCCGAAGCAGGGCUGGCGCCCGCCCAAGGAGCGCCUGGCGCUCCCCCAGUGCCUCUACUGCAUGCACCAGCUGCUCAAGCUGCAGACGGGGCGCGUCCAGGGCCGCACCGACUACUGCCCUGAGGAGCUCUUCUCCGGCGACCCUGGGCGCAUGCGGCGCGCCUUAAGGCACCUGCUAGCCGCGCCCCAGAACAAUCUGAAGAUCUUCCGCAAUGGGGCGCAGUGCUUCGACGACCGGCGCCGCAGCCUCUCCGUUCUGCAGGAGCUUUUCCAAUCGGCCGCCGAUCCUCUGGAACUGGCCGACGAGUUCUGCGCCCUGCUGCAGCGCUGCCUCCUACUGGACCUGAGCGGGACUGGCGAGGGGCAGUGCCCCCACUGCCCCCCCACCCACCUGCCUCCGGGCUGCGUCCUGGGGCGCAUCCUCAGCGCCCAGCAGCUGGACCAAGAGGGCACGCACUCCACCUACAAGAAGCUCUGCAAGGGCGGCCAGUCGGGGAACUUUGACUACGUCGACCGAGUGCUGGGCGCGCUGGCUGCACAGGCGCAGCCCUGCAUGCGCUGCGCCCUGGGGCGCAUCGCGCGCCAAUGUGCGCUGGACCUGCUGUUUGCGCCCUACCUCGUAGCGGCCGUUGCUAAGGACUGCUCCCUCAUGGUGACGCUGAGGCGAGUGCCCCACAGUGACGCGGAGCUUCAGGGGCGCACCCUGGGCACACCCUAUGGGGCCUUUGUGGUCAACGUGGGGGUUUUCGACUUGUACCCCAAGCCCAUGGACACCAUCCUCAAGCACCAGCGGCGCAACCGCGAGAUCUUCAAGGCCCUCAAACGGCCCCAAGUGUUAAAUUAAUUAAUAAUUAAAUAAACUGGUCGAUUGGAAAAGGA